UUUCCUGCACCCGAAACCGGAUUGCACCACACAGCUCGUUCGGGAAAGUAAAUUGUUGCCAAAAAAACUGUUGGCCGUGAUUUUCUCAACUCCCGGGUGCCAAGACAGGUGCGAAAAACGUUCGAAAUGCCACCAAAAAAGAAGGGCAACAAAAAGAACCAGGACUGGGAGGACGAUGAUCAGCAGUCCGAGCAGUCGUCGAUCGUGUCCGCACCUUCGUCCGGCAAAAAGAAAGGAGGCAAAAUUGACAACGUGGAUUCGGACGAGGAAGGUGCUCCAGCGGCGGCGCGUGGUGGAAAGAAGGCCCCGGCCGCUCCGGCGGGCAAGAAAGGCAAGAAGGGCAAGAAGAACGACGACGAUUGGAGCGAUGACGAGGCAGUGGCGAAAAAGGGGUCAGCAGCUGGCAAGCGAGGGUCCGAUUCGGACGAGGAGCAGCCUGUGAAGGCACCACCGAAGGGUGGCAAGAAGGAGGCGAAGAAACCGGCCGCAAAGGGUAAGGGCAAGGGAAAGGGUAAGGAUGACGAUUGGUCGGAUAAGGAGGAGAAGGUGAUCGACCUGCUGGCCGGCGGUGGCUCGGACGAUGAUGACGACGAUGACUCCGAGGAAGACGUGAUGGCGGCGAUGGUGAGCAAAAAGUCGGCCAAGAAAAAGCAACCCAAGAAAGUGGCCAAGAAGGCAGUGAAGGUGCAGGAAUCGGAAGAGGAAAGUGAAGAGGAGGAAGAGGAGGAGGAGGAAGUGGUGCCGGUGCCGGUGGUGAAGAAGGAACCGCCCAAGGAGAAGGAAAAGGUGAAAGAGGAACCAAAGGUGGUGAAAGAACCGGAACCAGCGAAGGCACCAGAACCGGAGAAGAAGAAGGAAGAGAAGCCGGCCAAACAGGAGAAGGCGAAGGUUGUCCCGGAACCUGUAAAGGAGGUGAGCGAAGAGAAAGUGGCCGACCCGGAGGUGGACGAGAUGGCCGAUAAGGUGGGCGAAAGCUUAAAGCUGGACGACGGCGACGAAGAAGAAGGGGAUGAGGAGGCCGGCGAAAAGGAGAAGAAACUCACGCACAAGGAAAAGAAGAAGCUGAAGAAGCAGCAGGAGUUUGAGAAGAUGCAGGAGGCGAUGCUGCGCAAGGGCGGCCAGGGACAUUCCGAUCUUGACAGCAACUUUACGAUGUCGCAGGCGCUGAAGACGGGCAACCAGAGCAAACACAUGGACCACGCGGUGGACAUCAAGAUCGAAAACUUUACCAUUUCCGCCAAGGGUAACGAUCUGUUCGUGAACGCGAAUCUGCUGAUCGCGAACGGGCGGCACUACGGGUUGGUCGGGCCGAACGGGCACGGCAAGACCACGCUGCUGCGCCACAUUGCCAACCGUGCCUUUGCCAUUCCGCCCAACAUCGAUGUGCUGCUGUGCGAGCAGGAGGUGGUGGCGGAUGAAACGUCCGCGGUCGAUACGGUGCUGAAGGCAGACGUGAAGCGGACGGCGCUGCUGAAGGAGUGCAAAGAGCUGGAGGAGGCGGUCGAGUCGGGCAAGAUCGAGCUGCAGGACAAGCUGCAGGAGGUGUACAACGAGCUGAAAGCGAUCGGGGCCGAUUCGGCCGAACCGCGGGCGAGGCGUAUUUUGGCCGGUUUGGGCUUUUCGCGCGAAAUGCAGAACCGCCCGACGAACGCCUUUUCCGGCGGGUGGCGGAUGCGCGUUUCGCUCGCGAGGGCACUGUUCAUCGAGCCGACGCUGCUGCUGCUGGAUGAACCGACGAACCAUCUCGACCUGAACGCCGUCAUCUGGCUCGACAACUACCUGCAGGGAUGGAAGAAGACGCUGCUGAUCGUGUCCCACGACCAGUCCUUCCUCGACAACGUGUGCAACGAAAUCAUCCAUCUGGACAACAAGAAGCUUUACUACUACAAGGGCAACUACACGAUGUUCAAGAAGAUGUACGUCCAGAAGCGGAAGGAGAUGAUCAAGGAGUACGAGAAGCAGGAGCGCCGGCUGAAGGACAUGAAGGCGCACGGGCAGUCGAAGAAGGCGGCCGAGAAGAAGCAGAAGGAAAAUUUGACCCGCAAGCAGGAGAAGGGCCGCACGAAGAACCAGAAGCCGGGCGAGGACGACGACGGGCCGGUGGAGCUGCUGUCGAAGCCGAAGGAGUACAUUGUGAAGUUUAGCUUCCCGGAUCCGCCACCGUUGCAGCCACCGAUUCUCGGCUUGCACAAUUGCCAUUUCAACUUCCCCAAGCAGAAGCCGCUGUUUGUCGGGGCGGAUUUCGGUAUCGAUCUGAGCAGUCGUGUCGCGAUCGUAGGACCAAACGGAGUCGGCAAGUCCACCUUCCUGAAGCUGCUGGUUGGUGAGCUCGAUCCGGUGCAGGGUGAGGCGAAGCGUAACCAUCGGCUUCGGAUUGGCCGGUUCGAUCAGCAUUCGGGCGAGCAUCUGACGGCGGAGGAAACACCCGCCGAGUAUCUGCAGCGUCUGUUCAAUCUGCCGUACGAGAAGGCACGCAAGCAGCUCGGCACGUUCGGGCUCGCCAGCCACGCGCACACGAUCAAGAUGAAGGAUCUGUCCGGUGGCCAGAAGGCGCGUGUUGCGCUGGCCGAGCUGUGCCUGAACGCGCCGGACGUGCUGAUCCUCGAUGAACCGACCAACAACCUGGACAUCGAGUCGAUCGAUGCACUGGCGGAGGCGAUCAACGAGUACAAGGGCGGCGUGAUUAUCGUGUCCCACGACGAGCGGUUAAUCCGCGAGACGGAGUGUACGCUGUUCGUGAUCGAGGACCAGACGAUCAACGAGGUGGACGGUGACUUCGACGACUACCGCAAGGAGGUGCUGGACAGCUUGGGCGAAGUCAUCAACAACCCGAGCAUAUCGGCGAACGCGGCCGUACUGCAGUGAAGGGGCGACGGACGUG